CAGCAGCAGCUGCUGCUGUUACUGUUGUUGUUGUUGUUGUUGUUGCAGUUGUUGUUUUCUGCUGCUUAAACUGCAGUUGCUGCUGCUGUUAUAACUACUACAACUGCCGCUGCAGUUAAUACUACCACCACCACCACCACCACUACUACUACCACUACUAUUGUUACUACGAUUACCACUACUAGUGAUGUUGUUGUUGUUGCUCUUAUACUACUCUGCUGCACACCACAGAACUGCUGGCGGUGCUGCGGUUGCUGCUGUUGCCACUCUGCUGCACCUAUAGCUGCUGCCGCUGCUGCUGCUGCCGCUGUUGUUAUUGUUGUCUUCGGUUACUACAACAACAACAACAACAGCAACAACUACCGCCACUACUAAUAUCUACUGCAACCACUACCAUGCUAUUACCGUUACAGUUCAUGCUGUUGUUAUUCCUAUCACGACGACGACGACCACCUCCACCACCACCAUCGCCAUUUCUGCAGUUGCUGUUGUCAGCACCAUCACCACCACCACCACCACCACCACCACCGCCGUCACCAUUGCUGCUGAUGUUGCUCUAAUUUAUUUUGCUAAGAUGUUGUUAUUCUGUUGUUGUGUGAAGACAGUUAAAAACUCUGAGCGAAGGGACAAACCCCUUGCCUAGAUUACACGUAUCUUCAUCUUCUUCGCUUCAAUGUUGACUUCUUUUUCUGUCCAAAUGUGGUUUCCUAAAAGAAGUGACAUUAAACUGUGCAGUAGUUUACAAAAUGUAGACAGAUAAAACUCAUAGCAAACGGAUCAUCUCUCUCUGCUUUUAGAGACUGUCUUUUACGUCCUACAGGAAUAUAUAUCAUGGCAUGAGGUAUGUGGGUGUGAAGAACCAGUGAAGUUAACAACUGCAAGGAAAUCUUCCUCCAGUUCUUGUCAGUCCUGACAGAGAAAGCAAAAAGUGAGAUCGUUAUUUGGAGGAGACACAUGUGAAUAUAUUAAAAAAAUCUCGGUUUCUUUUUUUUUUUUUUUUUGAAUAAAGAAAGAACAACAAUGAGUGUGAAAGAAGAAGUUUUUACUUGCCAUAUAUGCGAAGAGGUCUUUCCAGAAGAUUCUCUGUUACAAGAUCAUGUUAUCAUCCAUCAAGAUAAUGUCUCUUACCGCUGUGACAUCUGCCAGAAAGAUUUCUGCAAGUAUUCCGAUGCUUGCGUCCAUCUCAAACCCAUCGCUAAUCCCAGACUCUUUCACUGCGACGUGUGCUCGAAAGAAUUUGUCACAAACAAGAACUUGAAGAGGCACUUGAGGACACACACCGGGGAAAAGCCAUACAACUGUGAACUGUGUGGCAAGCAUUUUGCUCAAGCGUCCUCAUUGAAACGGCACAUGAAGGCGCACAGCGGCGAGAAACCAUAUUCUUGUGAAGUGUGUGGGAAGAAGUUCCUCGCAGGAAACGACUUAAAGAGACACAAUCGGACGCAUACUGGUGAAAAGCCAUUUGCAUGUGAUAUCUGCGGCAAACGAUUUGUUCAGAAUACAGAUUUGAAACGGCACAAUAAAGUACACGUCCGUGAAAAGACUUUUCCCCGUGAGCCGCUAAAAAAAGACGCAGCAAGUUUCAAACCUAAAACCCCGAAAAAAUUACCUACGACGUAUCCCGUUGAGAAACAAUACUGUUGUCAAAUAUGUACAAAGGUGUUUCCGAAAUUUUCAAAAUGGGCCAAUCACGUUCGUAGCCAUCCUGGUGAAAAACCUUAUUUUUGCGAACUGUGCAAAAAGAAAUUUGCACAGGGUUCUUCUUUAAAGCGACACAUCAGAGCCCAUUCAGGGGAACGUCCUUUCUCCUGUGAAGUGUGUGCAAAGCGAUUUGCUGCCAAUAACGACUUGAAAAGACAUGCACGUACACACACAGGUGAGAGGCCUUACAUUUGCAAUGUCUGUGGAAGAGGAUUCGGUACAAACAAUGAUCUGAAAAGACACUUGAAAAUUCACACUGGAGAAAAACCUUUCCAUUGUAAAGAAUGUGGUAAAAGCUUCCUGACAAAUUCUCGGCUGCAGUAUCACUUAAGAUGUCACUCUGGGCUGAAUCUAACCUGUAAAGUAUGUAAAAAAGUUUUUCUAAAAAGUUCGACCCUGAAGAGUCAUCUUUUGAUACAUAACAGAGGAGUUUGUGAUAAGGAAUCUCCUAAGACGAUUCCACUGAUAAGGACUAAGAACAGUGAAGAACAGAGAAAUUACAUUUGUUCUAUUUGUAAAUCAACCUUCCAAACUCAUAUCGAAUUGGGUCGUCAUGUCAGAACACACAGUGAAAAUAGGAAUUUGAAUUGUGAAAUACCCGGAGAUGGUUUAACUCCGCAUCAUUUUCUGUCGGUGAACAACAGUGUGGUUGACAACGUAAACCGAGUGGCCAACACUUGUGAACCUCUAAGUGAACUUAAGGCUGGAAACAAUUUAAUCGUUCACGAGAAACGGUUGACGAAUAAAGAAUCGUAUGCCUGUGGCAUUUGUCAAAAAUCUUUUGUAACUCAGAAUAACCUAAACAACCAUGUGAGGAUUCAUACUGGGGAAAGGCCCUUUCCUUGCAAGGUGUGUCGGAAAAGAUUUAUAACGAACAAUAACUUAAAGAGGCACAGUCGAACCCACACAGGUGAGAGACCAUUCUCAUGUGAAGUUUGUAGCAAAAGCUUCCUGACGAGCAAUGAUUUGAAACGACAUAAUAAAACACACACUGGGGAGAGACCCUUUUGUUGUACGAUAUGUACGAAGGGGUUUGUUCAAAAUACUGAUUUGAAGAGGCAUAUGAAAGUGCACCUUCGUGAAAAGAAACAAGACACCGAGCUACCGCUUAAGAAAGACAGUGUUGUCAGCUUUAAGAUGCACAAAGGUUUGCUCUCCUCAGACAAAGCGCAUCGUUGCCAGAUAUGCAAUAAAACUUUCCUCAGGUAUUACAGGUUGAGGAUCCACCUAAGGACACAUACCGGGGAAAAGCCUUACAAUUGUAGGACCUGUGGCAAAGGUUUCACGACCAGCUGCAACCUUAAGAGACACACGAAAUUUCACGCUGGAGAGAAGCUUUUCUCGUGUGAAAUUUGCGGCAAGAAUUUUGUCAUGAACUGUGAUUUGAAAAGACAUAUUCGAAUCCACACGGGUGAGAAACCUUACUCUUGUGGCAUCUGUCAGAAACAUUUCACCACAAGCAAUGUCUUGAAAAGACACAACAAAAUCCACAUGAAGGGUGAUUUUUACCAGGGCACCCAAUGUCAAGAGAACUUUGUUAAUCCCAGUGAUUUUAACAUUCAUUUAGGAAUGCACAGUUUGGUUGAUCCUAUUCUACUUGAAAACAAAAAAACUUUUUGAGGUUAAAAAAAAAAAAACUGUUACCAUUGUAUGAUGACACAUGUAUAAAAGUUUUAAAUAAGUGA